AUGGAAGUCGUUAUAAGUCCUCAUCGUCCUAUUCAAUCUCCUGAAGUCGAUCCUUCGACUUUGUCGAAUUAUACCAAUUUUAAUAUCAGAAAAACUGACUUACAGUUUAAAGUUUUAUUUGACGAAGAAAAGGUCGAUGGAGUGGUAGUCUAUGACUUAUCAAGUAUCGAUGAAAUAGAGGAAGUGAUUUUAGAUACGUCCUACUUGGAAAUACAGAGUGUAAGAGUGAAUGAUAAGGAAAUUGGGGAAUAUCAAUUGAAAGAAAGAGCUGAACCACUCGGUUCAGCAUUGGUUGUCAAAUAUACAUUCAAAAAAAACACGCCUGUUAAAUUAGAAAUUAAGUUUUCAACUACUUCCAAGUGUACUGCAUUGCAGUUCUUAUCGAAGGAAGCUACUGAUGGUAAGAAGGCCCCUUAUUUAUUUUCCCAGUGUCAAGCAAUCCAUGCUCGUAGUCUUUUCCCUUGUUUUGAUACGCCAGCAGUUAAGACUCCAUAUAAGAUGAUGGCAGAAUCUCCAUACCCUGCAUUAAUGUCGGGUAGGCCAAUUAAACAAGAACAUAAUAAACACUAUUUUGAUCAGCCAAUUCCUAUCCCAUCAUACUUAGUUGCAUUAGCAUCAGGUGAUAUCACGAAGGCCCCAAUUGGACCUAGAUCUCAUGUCUAUUGUGAACCAAGUAAGAUAGAUGCGUGUCAAUAUGAAUUUGAACACGAUAUGGAGAAAUUCUUGACAACAGUUGAAUCAUUAAUUUUCAAAUACGAGUGGGAUCAGUACGAUGCAUUGGUGUUACCAUCGUCAUUCCCAUAUGGUGGUAUGGAAAAUCCUAACGUCACAUUUGCUACGCCAACCUUAAUUAGUGGUGAUCGUGAAAAUGUAGACGUUUUGGCACACGAAUUGGCCCAUUCUUGGUCAGGAAACUUAGUUACCAACUGUUCGUGGGAACAUUUUUGGCUUAAUGAAGGUUGGACUGUCUAUUUAGAAAGGAGAAUACAGGGAGCUAUUUAUGGUGAGCCAACAAGACAUUUUAGUGCUAUAAUUGGUUGGACCGACUUAGAAAAUUCCAUCAAUGCCAUGGGCAAAUCUGCUUCUAGAUUCUCGACUUUAGUGCAAGACUUAAAAGAUCAAUGCGAUCCAGAUGAUUCUUUUUCGACAGUGCCAUAUGAAAAGGGUUCCAAUUUAUUGUAUCAUAUUGAACAAGUAGUGGGUGGAAAAGAAGUAUUUGAUCCAUUUAUUCCAUACUACUUUAAGAAGUAUAGAUACAAAUCAUUGGAUACAUACGAAUUUUUGGACACGUUAUACGAUUUCUUCAAAGACAAAAAGACUGAAUUAGAUUCAAUUGAUUGGAAUACAUGGCUUUAUAAACCAGGAAUGCCUCCAGUGAAGCCCAAAUUUGAUAGCACCUUAGUCGAUCAAUGUUAUAACUUGGCCGAUAAAUGGUAUAAUGCUAUAGUAAAACGCAACAAAAACUACAGUCAAGUUUUUCAUUACGAUGAUGUCAAGGAUUUUAGUUCAAACCAAUCGGUUGUGUUUUUGGAUACUCUUACUUCCUUUGACAAGCAUGAAUCGUUCAAGUGGUCCGACAACAUCGAUGCGCUACAAGCAAUGGGUGACAUAUACUCCAAUUAUUCUCAAUCUAAAAAUGCGGAAGUUGUGUUCAGAUGGUAUGCAUUACAAGUUACUGGAAAUAAUACCCAGUUCUACGACCCUCUAGGUGAAUGGUUGGGUACCGUCGGUAGAAUGAAAUUUGUUAGACCGGGUUUACACAACUUGGUGAAAAUUUCAGUCUUGAUCGUAUUAAAAACAAUGUUGGACAGUUAA